UCUUUAUUUUUUCUCUUUUUUUUUUUUUUUACUUGACCUUUUAUUCGGACGCCAGGCCGAACUCAAAUCCAGUUCAUACCCAUCUUCUGCCCUUCCUCCUCCUCUCUCUCUCUCUCUCUCUCUCUCUCUCAUGAAAACUAUUAAGAAUUCAAAGCAUUUUGAGAAAAGAAUUAAGCCUUCUGAUUUUUCUCUUUUUUUUCUCAUAUUAUUUGACAUGUAAAAUCCCGAGCAUUUGCAGGAGAGAAAACCCGUGUUGCAAUGGCGGGUUUUGCUUUGUAAGCGUCGAAUUCAUAUCUCUUUACUGUAACCAUUUUCUAGGGUUUUUUUAGCCCUGUUUUCAGUUCAUGAAUAGCUUGGUAUCAACUCGAGUAGCUCAUUUUUUGUAGCAUGAGUUAGGGUUUCCCUUUCUGGAAACUUGAGGAUGGUUUUGGCAUGGAUGUGUAGAUCCUGAUAAAGAAAGAUUUGGAUGGUCUCAAGUCUUUGAGCUGUUUUCUUCUUUUAGUCAGAUUCUUCUUGUUCGGUUUGGUGCUUUAGGUACAGUCUUUUGUGUAGAUCAAAUUCCAGUGUGUUCUCUCCACAUUUUUGGGUAUAUUCUAUUCUCUCUCAUUUUCUCUGUAAGUUUUGGAGAAGGGGGAUUUGGUUUAGGUUUGAGGAUUGAUUGAUGGUAAGCCGAAGAAGAAGGUUUCAUCUAUGAUGCUGCUGCUUCUUGGACUAAGUCUGGGUCUUGGUUGGUGGACUAGAGAGAGAAAGGAUUUCUCAUGGAAUGGCAGAUCCUGCUGGUUAUGGGGGUGCUGAGCGAAACAUCGAGCAGGCCAUUGUUGCUUUGAAGAAAGGAGCACAAUUGCUGAAAUAUGGUCGCAAAGGGAAACCCAAGUUCUGCCCCUUCAGAAUAUCUAAUGACGAAUCAACUCUGAUAUGGUAUUCUAGAGGUGAAGAAAGAAAGUUGAAGUUAGCUUCUGUUACGAAGAUUAUCCCUGGACAAAGAACUGUUAUUUUCAAGAGAUAUUUAUGUCCUGAAAAGGACUACCUGUCCUUUUCUCUUUUAUACAACAAUGGUGAACGUUCUCUUGAUUUGAUCUGCAAGGACAAAGUUGAGGCAGAGGUGUGGUUUGGGGGCCUUAAAGCAUUGAUUUCUGGUGGUCAACACUCACGCUCAAAAAUUGAUGGACGAAGUGAAGGGGGACUUUAUUUCAGUGAUGGUGUAGACUUCACACCCAGCAGCCCUAGUGACAGUUCCUUUGGUGCCGCCCUAGAAAUAAGUUCUCCAGAAGCAUCUAUCAGCCUCAACACUAAAACUCUAACCAGAAUCUGUUCUCUCGAAAGUUUACUCCACCAUGAAAGAUCGGUUGUAGGAUCAGAAAAUCCAAACAUGCAAGUAAAAGGAGCCACUUUAGAUACUUUCCGAGUUAGUGUUUCAAGUGCCCCUAGCUCUUCUAGCCAGGGUUCUGCCCAUGAUGAUUGUGAUGCCUUGGGAGAUGUUUAUAUCUGGGGAGAUGUUCUUAGUGAUACUCCUGUAAAACCUUCAUCUGAUGGAGCUUUCUAUCCAUUGUGUUCUAGAACAGAUGUGCUCCUCCCUAAGCCCUUGGAAUCAAAUGCAGUCUUAGAUGUCCAUCAUGUCAGUUGUGGGUUUAGGCAUGCUGCUAUAGUUACAAGGCAAGGUGAGGUUUUCACUUGGGGUGAGGAAUCGGGGGGACGACUUGGUCAUGGAGUUGGAACCGAUGUCUCUCAACCUCGACUUGUUGAAUCUUUAGCAACAUGCAACGUGGAUUUCGUGGCUUGUGGUGAAUACCACACUUGUGCGGUAACCAUGACAGGUGACCUUUACACAUGGGGAGAUGGAACUCAUAAUUUGGGGCUUCUAGGGCAUGGCACUGAUGUCAGUCACUGGAUACCUAAGAGAGUUGCAGGUCCUCUUGAGGGAGUACAGGUUGCAUCUGUUUCUUGUGGCCCUUGGCAUACAGCAUUGGUGACCUCAACUGGAAGAUUGUUCACAUUUGGUGAUGGAACCUUUGGUAUCUUGGGUCAUGGCAAUAGGGAGAGCGUGGCUUAUCCAAGAGAGGUUGAAUCUUUGAAGGGUUUAAGAACAAUUGCUGUUGCUUGUGGAGUAUGGCACACUGCUGCCAUAGUGGAGGUUAUAGUGGCACAGUCUAGUGCGAGUUUGUCAUCUGGGAAACUGUUCACUUGGGGAGAUGGGGACAAAAAUCGACUUGGUCAUGGAGAUAAGGAAACCCGAUUGGUUCCAACUUGUGUGCCAUCGAUUAUUGAGUACAAUUUUCACAAGCUGGCUUGUGGGCACAGUCUCACAGUUGGCUUGACCACAUCAGGCCAUGUCUUCUCAAUGGGAAGUACAGUUUAUGGUCAGCUUGGUAAUCCACAAUCUGAUGGAAAAUUACCUUGCUUAGUUGAAGAUAAACUCGCGGGUGAAACUGUUGAAGAGAUCGACUGUGGUUCUUACCAUGUGGCCGUCCUCACAUCUAGGAGUGAAGUAUACACAUGGGGAAAAGGUGCAAAUGGGAGAUUGGGACAUGGUGAUGUUGAAGAUAGAAAAACCCCUACACUUGUUGAAGCUUUGAAGGAUAGGCAUGUUAAAAUGGUUUCUUGUGGCUCAAAUUUCACAGCAGUUAUUUGUAUUCAUAAAUGGGUUUCUGGUUCAGACCAAUCACAAUGCUCAGCAUGUAGACAGACCUUUGGGUUUACUCGUAAAAGACACAAUUGUUAUAAUUGUGGAUUGGUGCAUUGCCAUUCCUGUAGUUCAAGGAAAGCUUUGAGGGCAGCGUUGUCUCCCAAUCCUGGAAAACCAUAUCGUGUAUGUGAUUCUUGUUAUGCAAAACUGAACAAAGUUUCAGAAGCCUCUGCUUUCUCAAGUAGUAACAAAAAGAACAUAAUACCUCGGCGAUCAAGUGAAAAUAAAGAUAAGUUAGACAAGUCAGAAUUGAAGUCUGCAAAGAUCCCAUUGCCUAUUAAUGGGGAUUUGAUUAAAAUUCUUGAUACCAAACUGACCAAGCAGGGAAAGAAGUCAGACUCCUUAUCUAUAAUACAAACUUCCCAAAUUCCCAAUCUUUUCAAAGAUAUUUCUUUCCCUAUUGCAAUCGAUCAGCGUCAAGCAGUUCGAAGACCAGUGAUUACAUCAGCUGUUCAUACUAGUGUAAAUUCUAGGGCUGCUUCACCAUUUUCACGAAGGCCUAGCCCUCCUCGUUCAGCAACGCCUAUGCCCACAACGGGGGGCCUUUCUUUCUCUAAAAGUAUCGCCGAUAGCCUUAAAAAAACAAAUGAGCUUUUAAAUCAAGAAGUGCAGAAGUUGCAAUCUCAGGUUGAGAAUCUGAGACGACGCUGUGAACUCCAAGAAAUGGAAUUGCAACAAUCGGCAAAGAAAGCUCAGGAAGCUGCUGCACUAGCUGCUGAGGAAGCUGCAAAGUGUAAAGCUGCGAAGGAAGUUAUAAAGUCCCUUACAGCACAGCUGAAGGAUAUGGCCGAAAGGCUUCCACCUGGGGUCUAUGAUACCUACAAUAAUAGGCCAGUAUAUCUACCUAAUGGCAUUGAACCAGAUGCCUCAAAACAUUCAGAAUUGCAUGAAGAAAGUUUACUAGCUAGUCAUGGAAGCUUAGCUUCGACCUUGCCUUUUCCAACUGGAGUAGACUCUGGCACCACAAAUGGCUUUUCUAGCCAAAAUCAUCCAUUUAGUGAUGCUCAUGGGGCAAGUGAAACCACUUAUCAUAUUGUAAAUCACAGAUUGCAGCAUCAAAAUUUAGACUUGAGGUCACAAAAUGGCAAUGAUGCGAAGAUCUCGACUAGUAGUAGAUCAACUGAUGCUGAUGCAAAAGAACAGGAUCCCCAUGAGAAAGGUGAAUAUGGUUCGAAGCUCAGAAACCCUUCAUCUAUGGGAAGUGAUCAAGUGGAGGAAGAAAGGAUUGAGCAAUAUGAACCCGGUGUGUAUAUAACCCUUGUGUUGCUUCGGGAUGGAACCAGAGAUCUCAAGCGAGUGAGGUUCAGUCGGAGAAGGUUUGGUGAAGCACAGGCGGCAACAUGGUGGUCAGAGAACCGGGAGAAAGUGUUUGAGAGAUACAGAGUAAAGGGAUGUGGGCAAGGCCCUGCCGACAAUGUCCGCUAGCAAACAGGAAGCUGAGACUUAAAGCCAUCUUUCAAGUUAAGCUUCUGAGCCCCCUCUCAUCGAAGGCCAUGUAAAAUGAAAAUUCCUUAAUGUCAAGGGUCAAGAAGAAUCGCCAUCUCAGUAGAAUCAGAGGAUAAAAAGGAGGCAGGGGUUCCUUUCUCUCUCUCUCUAUCUCUCUCUCUGCUGUCCUUGUAUUGUAAUGUACAUAACCCUCAAAUUGCGAGAUAGUUUGGGGCUUUGGGUAGAGAAAAGAUUUCAGAUGUUUAGGAGCGACUAACUGUUCACCCUCUUUUGUUAAAGUUUGCACAUGGGAGAGGUUGUGGCCUUAGGAUUGGAGGAAGUCAUUGCAUUGCGCCCUUCUUUGAUUUGUUCUUACUUAUAUUAUAUUUUGGUGCUCCCAAAUUGUGGUCUUGCUAUCUCAGCUCCCCCUCCUACCCCAUAUCUUCUUCCCUCAAGAAGGAAAACCUUGUUUUUUGUCUACUCUCGGCCUGAAAAUUUUGUUGCUGUGAUGUGCAUAGACUGUGGAUCGUCUGUUUCAGUAUCAAUAUCAAGCUGACCUUCCUCAUCAAAAAGACCGAGGUAGAAGUUGGCGUCUUAUAUAAUAGGUAUAUCAAGCUGAUCUUCCACAUCAAGAAAACUGAGGUAGAAGUUGGAAUCUUAUGUAAUAGAUAGUCUGUGGAGUUCGUUUAUUCUUGUAUGAUUUGCUGCAUCAAUGAUGGUUUAUACACACAUCAACAGGAGCGAGUGUGUUUCCUUUCUGGUGUUAUACCUAACACGUCUUUACUUUCCAUUUACUCCCUGAUGUCACACAUUUCCCCUUCAACCUUAAAUGUUUUGCGAAGGGGCGUGGAUCUGGUGGUACUACCUUUGAAUUGUGAACAUAAUUUGGAAGCAUGGGUGCCCGUUUUGACGAA